AUGCCGCUUGACAAUCGCAUAGCACCCGUGGAGAACCCUUCUGACGACGAGUCAACCGGAGAAUCUAUACCUUAUAACGACGCGAAAGAAGACCAUGACUCAGAUGCCGAAAACCAAGAAGACAAUGAUGAUGAGGAGGAUGAGGAGGAUGAGGAGGGCGUCUAUGUCGUUGAAAAGAUUCUCGGUCACGACUUUGCGAAGAAUGGAACUCUCCUCCUGCAAGUGAAAUGGAAAGGAUACGAUGACCCUGCAGAUGAGACCAUGGAGCCGGAGGAGAACCUGCUGGAGGGCGCAAAAGACCUGGUUGAAGAAUACUACCGUGUUCAUGGUGGUCGGCCUGAGAAACCCCAGCGGGGGAAGCGCAAGUCCAUGACUGGGCCAAAGCAGACGUCAGAGAAAAGUGAACCUAAAAGGCGUAGAAAGUCCCGCGCGGAAGCUGCCACCGAAACUCCAGAUGAAGAUGAUGCAGAUUUACCUCCUUGGGUUCCCCGGACCGGUAGCUGGGAGAACGAAGUGCAAAAUGUUGACACAAUCCUGCGUGAUGCGGAAACAUCGACUUUAAUUGCAUAUCUCCAGUGGAAGAAUGGAAAGAAGUCCAAGGUCUCCCUUGAGACCUGUUAUGAUAGAUGCCCCCGAAAGAUGCUUAAAUUUUACGAGGAGCAUUUGUGA